AUUAGAAUUACACAAAUAUAAUAAUAAAAUAAUUCCAUUGCACAACUGUGUAACUUCGAUCAACAUGAGGUCACAUAUCAUGCUGUCGCGUGAAAUCAAUCUCCAAGUGCGAUGUCCAGAAAAUGCUUUUUUCUUAUUAACCAUCAAAGAAUUUAACUCUAACUAAAAUAAAAAGAAGUGGAUGGUAUAUUUAGCCGAAAAUAUAGCGACGAUCCUAUUGUUGUGUACGAAAUAUAAUACCUAACUAUCCUAAAUUUGUCUGGUGAUGUUUACCUGUGGUAUUGCACCAAUCAGGUGUCGGUUAAUUGUGUCGGUAUUUUGCAUAACAAGAAACCGGAUAACAUAUAAUUUUAAUAUUUAACAAAAGGCCAUACUCAGAAAACCACUUCCUUGUGCGAACAUAAGAUAGAAGAGCAAAAUCAUCGCAUUUUACGAAGAGGGAACAGCGCCUCUAUAUAGCAAACCAUUCCAAAAGUCAUUCCAAAACAUCCAUAAGAUGAGCUCUGACGAUUUACAGACAAAGUACGGCGAUUUGGUAAAGCGUCUCAUUAAAGAAGAAUUUCACGACGUCAUCGAAAGCAGACAAGCAGAAUUGAGGGUUGAAAUCGAAGCGUACAACGCUGAAAAGCCACGAAUGAGCGCUGUUGUGAUCCGCGAUGAUGAUAUCAUAGAAUUACACGUCGGUGCAGAUAAAUUUACCACAACAAAAUCGACUCUGUGCCAAGUUAAAGAUUCCUUACUCGCCUCAAUGUUUAGCGGUCGUUGGGAAGAGAGCGUACGUCGAGAUAAAAAGGGCAAUAUCUUCUUUGAUUACAAUCCCAAAUAUUUUGGUUUGAUUUUGGAUUAUCUUCGGGCAAAGAAAAUUGCUAGCCCGGAGAAUCCAGCACCAAUGCCGGAUGUCCCGAAUGAUGAACUUCAAAAUUUCAAAAAUUUUGUCGGGUUUCUGGGCCUAAGUGGGGAAAUUGUUCCGACCAUAACUGUGCCAGUAGAAAAGUUUGAAUUACGCAGCCCAGGAGUUACGCUUCAAGAAGACGGGAGAGUCGCUGUUAACGAUACAAGUGGUCAGUAUAAAUAUGCUUUAGGUAAAAAUGCCUAUCAACAAGGGAUUGUGAACUUCAAGUUAAAUUUAGAGUUAUUUCAAAAUAACAAUUGGAUCUUCAUUGGUAUGUUGAGAACAGAUGUUUUACCUCAAUAUCAAAGUGAUAAUUCAUUUAAAUGGCCUGGUGGUAAUGGAUGGGCACUUGGGGCAAAUGGUUAUGCAUAUGCAGGCGGAGUUGCUUCAAAUGAUUCUUCUUUAAAUGGUUUAUCUAAACAAGGUGACACAGUGCAUGUUGUCCUAAAUUGUGACGAAGGUAAACUAUCACUGCACUUGCCCAGUGGUCAUCAGGUUCACAUUGAAAUACCCAAAUCUCAAUCCUGGAGACUUCAUGUUAAUAUGUACGGUGCAAACGACAAAAUCCGCAUCGUCGAAGUCGUGCAAGAAUGAAGAAUUCGAAAAGUACAGUCUUAAUUUCAUAGUUGUGUGAUUCAACCUAAUCAUAUAGUAAGAAAUAACUCAGUCUUGUCACAUUGCUGAGCUAUAAUAGUUCAAAUGCAUGAACAACUUAAUCUAGUUGAAUAAUUAUGUGCAUUCUUAGUAAUUAACAUAUAUAUCAUGUGAAUUCUUGGGCUUAAAGGGUCUUAAUUAAGUUCGAGUGGAAUUAUACACACACUCAAAUUCAAGCCAGGAACAGUUGAAGGAAA